AUGAGCUCCACACUUCCGAAGAGCGAAUCUACCACAUCCCUGCUGCGGUCCAACGCGCCUAGCCGACGGUCUGUGCAUCACUCAGACCAUGUAGCAAGCAACCGGCGAGGUCAGAACCGACACACCGGCGCGGCAGGCACUGGCGGGGGUAACGAGGACUCAUGCUGGACGGACGAGUGCGAUGGGAGCGCACGGAGACCCCUUUGCCAACCGAAGCAUUCGGGCUCGCGGAGCGCAGGUGCUAAACGCGGGAACAAGCCACAAUCUCACGGGAGACACAUCGACUUCGAGGAAGACUACGGAUACGAGGACGACAGGCAGCAGCAGGACAGGGGUGACCGACAACGAAAAGACCGCAGCAAGUCCCACAGACAUUCCCAGCAUCGCCACCACCAGCAUCACCACAGUCACCACGCCACUCCGGACCACCAGCAAGCCAACUUCCGUCCGCCGCGUAAGCCAUCUCCAACUCCCUCGCUCAGUAAGACCCCUACUGACGAAGCCGAGUUAUUCUUCGAGUCCAAGGAACCGACCAAAGUUGGCUCUUCCCUCAGCCUCGCAUCCGAUCCACCACCUCCCGUCUCCCCUGCUCCACCGCCACCGGCGCCCGUCUCCAAACGCUCCGGAAGGAAGACGUCCGCUGCCCUGUCAGAGUAUGACGCCACACUGCAUCCUAUCGUCAAGUCUGUGUUUGGACAGGACAGGAAGCGGAGCUACAAGGCGGUCCAGUCGUGCGAGGAGGGGGGCCAGGGGGGCCAGGGGGGCGCCUACCAGGAGCCUGUGGUGGCGCUGGCCCAGAACUGCGCCCUCAUGCACAAUGUGCUGGGCCCCGCCUGCAUAUUCCUCAGGAAAGGCUUCGCAGAGAACCGGCAGGCUGACAGAGAGCUCAGACCAGAAGAAAUGGAUGAGCUGCGCGAGGCAUUCCGGGAGUUUGACAAGGACAAGGAUGGCUAUAUUGGCUGCAAGGACUUGGGCAACUGCAUGAGGACCAUGGGCUACAUGCCCACAGAGAUGGAGCUCAUCGAACUCAGCCAGCAGAUCAACAUGAACUUGGGCGGCCACGUGGACUUUGAGGACUUUGUGGAGCUGAUGGGCCCCAAGCUGCUGGCGGAGACGGCGGACAUGAUCGGGAUCAAGGAGCUGAGAGACGCUUUUAAAGAGUUUGACACCAACGGCGACGGGCAGAUAAGUACUGCAGAGCUAAGAGAAGCCAUGAAAAAGUUACUCGGCCAACAGGUGGGCCACAGGGAUCUGGAAGACAUUCUGCGGGACAUUGACCUGAAUGGAGAUGGACACGUGGACUUCGAAGAGUUUGUGCGAAUGAUGUCUCGUUAAAAUGACAGCAUGAAAAAAAGAA